AGUCGCGAGAAGCCACGUCAUGAAAACUUGACUGAGGAACAAAACGCUCGUGAGCAGUUCUUGUCAUCUGAAGAGAAUUAUACCAGAAGUGGAUCGCUGCUGUCUUGGGGACUAUUCUUUUUGCCGUUAGGCACCUAUCUGACUGUGAUUGUAUUGCCAAAAUCGUAUGGAAAAUGUCAGAUAUCGGGGACUGGUUCAAAAGCAUACCCUUCAUCACUCGGUAUUGGUUUGCUGGAUCGAUUUUGGUUCCCUUGAUAGGUAAACUAGGACUAAUCAGUCCUAUGUACCUUGUCUUAUGGCCAGAGAACUUCUUUCACAAAUUUCAGGUAUGGAGACCCAUCACCUCCACCCUGUACUUCCCCGUGGGCCCCGGGACAGGAUUCCUCUACCUGGUCAAUCUGUAUUUCCUGUACCAGUACUCCACCAGACUGGAGACGGGGGCGUUUGAUGGGCGGCCUGCGGACUACGUGUUCAUGUUGCUGUUCAACUGGCUCUGCAUAGUCAUAACGGGAUUAAUGAUGGACAUGCAGCUGCUGAUGAUCCCAUUGAUCAUGUCAGUUCUGUACGUGUGGGCUCAGCUGAACAGAGAAAUGAUCGUGUCCUUCUGGUUUGGAACCCGUUUUAAGGCAUGUUAUCUACCCUGGGUUAUCCUGGGAUUCAACUACAUAAUAGGAGGCUCUGUUGUCAAUGAGCUGAUUGGGAACCUGGUGGGCCACCUGUACUUCUUCCUGAUGUUUAAAUAUCCCAUGGAUCUGGGAGGCAGGUCCUUCCUGUCAACACCUGAGUUACUGUACCGCUUCCUGCCAAACAGACGAGGGGGCGUGUCCGGUUUUGGGGCUCCGCCCAGCAGGAGACCGGCAGCUCCUGAGGCUGGAGGAGGAGGAGGACGACACGCCUGGGGAGCUGGCUUCCGUCUGGGAGACGAUUGAGUAGACCGUCCCUGGUCCCAGUCUGUAGCAGGACAAAGACUCUGGUCUGCUCAAGACUUUCCUACAUUGCAACUCCUGCGGAUGUUGAAAUGAUGCAGAAGAAAACCAGAUUUUAUACUAUCUAGCCCCCCCCUGGCCCCCCACCCUCCGGACAGUUCCCAAGAGAUGCCGCAGCUUGGUUUCUGACCAGCGUGUUAUUUUUCUUUCUGUGUUGCUCCCUCACACAAUGCCAUAUCAGAUGACACUGUAAUUACAGGAUUUCUCUUAGAACGCUGUCGCAGCUAGCUUCAUUACAACGUGGGUUUGGCAAAAAAAAAAAAAAAACAGCAUUGUUCAGUGCGAGAACAGCUGAGUGCUAACAACUGAAUAAUCUUUUCCUGUCUUUCACAGAACAGUGUCGGCAGUGCAAAAAGUAUAUAUGUACAACUUCAUUUUUCUUGUUCGUACUCCCGUCCCGAUGUUUGUGCUGUCAAAUGGUUUUAUAAUUGCACAGCAGCACUGAAUGUUAGUUUUUUUGUCUUUUCAAAUCGUUGAGUGAGGUCGCUGUAAAAUUUUCUUUUUUUAAAUGUUAACAUAGUAUAAACAUUCUCUGAAGUCAAUAAUGUGACACAACAUUGUAAUUAGUCAGAGAGAAAGACUACGAGUUGGCCUGGAAACGCCUGAGGUUUGUCCCACUGCAGUAGAUGGUUUGGAUCCAUGUGAAACUGCAGUGUCAUAGUUCCGUCUCCCUCAAUUUAGCUCUUCUACAGGACUACUUUAAUGGACAAUACAAAUAAAUCUGCAAAUGUUAAUGUAUGCCCCACAUUGUGUGUAACGCUUUCACACAACUGUGAAAUGGCAUCAAGAUAUUUUUUUUGAGUGUGCUGAUAAUUUGAUUUCCUGCCAACAGAUUAAAUAAAAUCUAAAAGCAGCGUUGUUAUAAUCACACUUGUCUUGGGGAUGUACAGUUAUGUAGCAGAGUUGCAGUCAGUUCCAUCCAUAUUCAGCCUAUGGAGUUCAAAUGCAUGGUUUGAUCUCUGAAGAGUUAACAUGUGCUACCAUGCCUUUUCACCAGAGGAUGUCUUACGGUUGUGCAUCUUAAUGCACAAACCAUCUUUGGCUGGAUUUGGUCUCUGUGAAAUUAAUUGCAUUUUGUACUGACUAAAGAGAAUGGAACCAAACUUCAGUUCUGUUCCCAUUUUUAGACAUUUUAAAAGUUUUCAGGCUUUUGUUUUUAUUAAUAUAGCAGGGAAACAGUUUUGCUGAAAGAGACGUGAACAGGAUUUUAACCCAUAUCACAGCGAUACAUGUGUCCCAGAUCACUGGGGCCAUCCUUGGCCACAAUCUUCCGCGGAUAAAUUAUUUUAUAAGUAAUAAACAAUCUUUUCAUUGCCA